AUGUCUCUAUCGACAGUACACACAUUCCAGCUCCCCGGCCUCCCCGUGAAGCUUGCGCUGGGCCACCGCUACGACGGGUGGUACCUUCUCUUCGCCCGCCCCUACCCCACUGCCGACAGCCGCGAAGUCGCGCGAAUCGAUGCACCAGCCCCCAAAUCCCGCCCCUCGCCGACCCGCCAUGCCAAACGCUUCUGGUUCUCCUCCUCGGCGCAAAGCGGCUGGGAGAGCACGAAGUUCCCGACACUCCUCGACCUUCUCCUUGCAUUGGAUGUUCGACAGCAACCGCUGUUUGCCGUCCUCGACCACGAUAGUGAGAGCGGGAGCUCGCAUGUAUUGGUGUUACUGCGAGAGGAGAAGCUCGCCCAUUUCUGCGAGGGCUGCACGGAGUGGGAGACUGCAGAGGACAACUCCCUGCGGUGGUACAUGGUCCGGACCUCGGGCGAUGCGUUGCCAGGGUAUCUGUGUCCCUCGUGCCAUGCAAAAGACUGGUGCGGAGCGCAAUUUGCUCGCUACUUGCGACGAAUGGUGUCUUAA